UAAUUUGAUCAACUGAAUUUUUUCGCUCUAGAAUGAAAGCAGUUCUCGUGCUUUUCGUCUGCGCGGCAUCUAUCAUGUCGCAGGAGUUGUGGAACCAAUACCCGGAGAAUGGCAACUACAUCGUUCCAUACAAGUUCACCGGCACCUACAGCCCUGAAGAGCGCUCGAUGAUCACAGCGGCUAUGCAGAAGGUCGCUGACAACACUUGUAUCGAAUUUAGACCUCGCACGAACGAAGACGAAUUUGUCGAGAUAGUCAACGAAGAAGACGGGUCAUGUCGUGCAAAUGUAGGAAGAAUUGGGGAGAAUAGGAUAUAUCUUGAAUCGAACAAUAAUGUAAACUGUGUGGAUGCAAAAACCAUAAUGGUGAACCUAUUGCAUAGUUUGGGACUGAGUGGCGAGCAUCAGCGAGUGGAUAGAGACAAAUACAUCAAUGUGCAUUUCGAAAAUAUAGCAGAUCCAAAUCUGCGCCUGUUCCUAGCCGAGGCUGAUUCAACACAAAAGUACACCAGCGUUCCUUACGACUACUUGUCUAUUAUGCACGACGCAAAGAAUGCUUACGCAAAACCAGGCACGGUUACCAUUGAAACUCUCGAUUCUACUUAUCAGGAUCAAAUUGGAUCGGCAACGGAGCCCUCAGGUCGCGACUACGAGAAGAUCAAUCUGCUUUACCAGUGCAACAAACCUUGACUCCGUACCUUCAAAUCCGAUCAUUUCACGCAUAAAGCAUUGAAAGCCAG